UAAAUUAAGUGUUAUAAUAGUGACAGUUAUUGUAUCAUAGCUUCUAUUAAUGGACCAACAUGAAAUCGUGCGUAUAUUGUGAAAUACGAUACGAAAAGAGCAGUGGCGUCACUUUUCACAAAAACCAAUUCAACCUUAUUACAAACUGAGAUGUCUAAAAGCUGAUCAACCAACAGAAUACCAAUGCGAGAAAGAUAUUGAAAUGAGCUUGGAUGAAUUUAAUUCACCAUCAGUACCUGUACAAGUUGGGUUACUAAAUGAUGAAGUCCAUGAAAAGUAAAUGUUGCCAUGUGAAGCCCUUGCAGUUACAAGUUUACAACACAAGCUACUGUAGCACACCAACAGAAUCUAGAACUUUAGCGGAAAUUAUUUCUAGUGUCAAAUUAGAUCACAGCUACGAGAACACCCCAAAAUCUUCAAAAAAUAAAUUGGAAAGGGUCUAAAAACCUUGAAAAUGUCACAAGCUCGAAUUAAAGUAUUGUCACAAAAUAUUAAACGUAUGAAAAUUACUGUGUCUACUUUAAAAUCUGUAAUUGCUGAUUUAAACCAAAAGAAACUGGGAUGUGAUGAUUGUGUUUAUAUGUUAAAUCAGUAUGAUGAUUUCAAACCACAACUUUUUAAAAGAA